UGAGUGUUGACGUCAGACGCGGUCAAGAUCCGAGAUAUCAGCCCAUCGGGCCGACUCAACGUUGCCCACCAUGACGCCGAAGUGGACAUGCCGAAACAGGGCAGGCAUUGAGCAGACGGUAGAUAAUAAUCCGGUUGCUCGACCUCAAAAUGCGUUCGAAGUCGUCAAAUUAUUGACCCCGAAAGGUGAUUACUGGUGGACGAUGAUCACCAAAGUAUCCGUCUCGGAUCGAAUAUGCCAGGUCACUUGGGGAUGGUAUUCCAUUUCCAUGGCUACAGGAGGUAUUGCUGUUCUCCUGUCUAGCACGCCGCAUCAAUUCCCCGGGUUGAAGACCAUUGGCAAGAUUGUCUACAUCCUCAAUCUCGCCCUCUUCCUGGGUAUAUCUGCCUGUCUGAUCAUUCGCUUCCUGACCAAGUGCUCCGCGCUGAAAGAAUCCUUCCAAGAGCCCAAUGAAAGCCACUUUAUGGGAACAUGUCUACUGGCCCUGGCAACAAUCAUUCUCGGAGCCGAGAAUUACGGAACCGACGCAUGCGACCCCUGGCUGCAGGUUGCCCUUCGCAUCGUCUUUUGGAUCUACGUCGCCCUCUCGACCAUCCAGGCCAUCUGGCAUAACUGGUACCUCUACCAUAUCCGCAUGGCCAGUCGCCAGCCGUUUGCCCUCGUCCGUCUUCUCCCUUCGUUUCCGGCCAUGCUGGCAGGGACAAUCGCGUCGGUGCUGGCAUCGCAUCAGCCUCGCUUCGGAUUUAUCAUGUCUCUCUUCAUCUACGCCGAGUACUUCUACCGACUCAACAAAGACGGACUCCCCAAGGCAUCUGACCGACCAGAAAUGUUCAUCGCCGUGGGACCAUGGAGUUUCACGGCCCUCGCCCUGAUCGGGAUGGCGGAAGCAGCCGUGAAGCAGUUUCCUGAGCGGUACAUCAUUUCCUACGCGGACGCCUCUGCUAGCCAGCAAGUCUCCGUCACAGCAGGAGACAUCGCCCUUGUGCUCGCCGCGCUGGUCGCUAUCUUCCUGUGGACAAUGGCGGCCUUUUGUCUUUGCAUUGCUGUCCUCAGCGUCUUGGCCCAGUGUCGCGUUUCCGGGGGCACGGGGGCGCUGGGCAUGUCGCUUCCAUAUUGGAGUAUGGUCUUCCCGAACACGGGGUUUGUGAUUGCUACCAUUCGGAUCGGACAGGUGUUGCAGUCGCCGGCGAUUCUGUGGGUUGCGACGGGGUUGACGAUUGCCCAGGUGGUUGUCUGGUUAUGUGUGGGUGUGGGCACGAUAUGGGCUGUAGCUACGCGGCGGAUGCUGUGGCCUGAGACUCGGGAUAAGGAGUCUUAAUUCCAUUCAAUAUGUUUCAUUUUGAGUGUGGAGUGUGUCAACUACAGCUGGACAUUCUACUCAUAUAGAGCAGGUAAUGAAUAAACUUACUUAGAAAUGUCCAUGCAAUGUUCAUACGAUGACACUGGACUUCUCAAAGGCUGAGACGGCGAUGAUCGACAGUCGGAAACAACCUUAUUUGGCUGAAUCAUGAGUAAGGGUUUAACUAUAGAAGAUAUUUAGUAGCCAAGUUACGUUAGUCAAAGGAGACCAGGAGCGAUAGUUAAACGUGAGAUUGACACAUUGCCAAUCUCGCAUGACCAAUCAAGUGAUAGACAAGGAUCGUACUCGUAUAUUGCUCACAGUAAGCAACUGUCAUCAUUCGAAAGGGAAUAACUAGUAAAGGAAUAGUAAAGGAAUAGUAAUGCUACUAAGAAGGCUAUUAGAACAGUCGGAUUGGCCAUGUUUUUAAAGGGCGUUCUUAGCAGCCUAUCAGA